CGUUACCGCAACAGUCGCGGACACUUGUUACGACAGCCUCGGUGUUGAUUUCUUCUGAUGAAGACUCCGACAACGAUUCACUCCCAUCAAUUAGGACACUUGCGGCCUCAGUCGCCGCUAAGCAGCGAGCUUAUCCAAGAAACACAACCUUGCUCACAUGCCUGAGAUAGCUCAGCGUGCUAGACGUACCAGUUCACGAGGCUCAUCCACUACCAGUCAACUUGGCCAACGAACAAGAUUGAGCAGAUCAGCAUCGCCCACGACUGCGUCAUCCAACGGCAAUGUGCCAAAACAGCACCGGGAUGCCAGUCCUGACAAACCUCGUCGCGGCUCAAUCAUCAAGGCAUUCCCUGGACAUGCUGACCUCGGGGUAGCCCCUGGCAACCGGCGUGGGUCCGUUUAUGGCCCGGAGGCUGAGGUUUUCGAUCAUGAUGCUAGCUCAUUUAGCGACCCCGAUCUAGGACGUGUGAAAUCUCAGGAGACUUUACAUGCGCAAGAGACUACAGCGGGGCCCGGUGAUCUGGAUUCUGGCCGAAAAAGCUCCCUGCCAGACGAUGGACAGAGUUCUCAGUCAGUAGAAGGCUUGACCCGUGACGCAAACAGCAGUAUACCUCCUACAGCUGAUCCGACGCUGGCUAUGGAUUCUUCUGUUGUGGAUGAUAGACCCCCCGCGGAUCAAGUCAGCACUACUAGUGCCCGGACAUGGAGGCGAUUGCACAGCACUCGUACACUUUCGGGGACGCGCGCCGUUCGUCCAUUUGGAAAAAGGGCAAGCGUCAGAUCGGAAGCGGGCAGCAGUGACGAAGACGAGGCUCCGGCCCGCAAGCGUCAAAAGGCCACACGUUCCGCUCGCCUAGGACGUGGUGCGAAGCCUAAGCCUAGACCUGCGCGAGACCCUCGACUCCGCGCCUCCAAAUCGACGUCGAAACAGAGUAGCGAUAGGCCAGUCGUCUCCAAUUCACAGUCUGAGGAUGCUUUCAUAGCAAGCUACCAGGAGUGGUCGCUUCCCGAUGCGACGCUCAAGUGUGUUCGGGACAAUGGCAAGGCGACAUUUCAACUUGAGUUCUCUUGGGAAACGCCGUGUGUGGCUCAUGCGGCCCAGGAUUCAUCAAGAAGCAGCGCCCCGUUACUAUCGAGGAAAGCUCGAAAUCCGAAGACCAACACCGUGGCCCACACCUCUAGGGAGGUUACAGAGGAUAGCCCGGAGGAGUCUCAUCCUGGCAAGGCUGGUGACGUCGGUAUAUACUCCGUGAAACGAAUGCUUGCUCGAUGGAAGAGGGGCUUCUACUUUCUACAAUGGUCAGAUGACACCACCGGGUGGGAGCCAAAGAGGAACAUUCUCGACAAGGAAAUGCUUCGCGACUUUGAGAAAACGUACAAGGGAUUUGAUGAGGGGAUUGAUGUACUGAAUUCACGAACUUGGGCUGGCAAAUGCCAAUAUCUACUGCAUUGGCAUGGUCGCCCGCCGUCCGAGGAUUCGUGGGUGGCUGAGAGCCUCAUGAGCCCGGAUGCCAUCGACAGGUUCAGGGCGGGCGGGUUGGAAUAGCCACUUGUCAAAUAACAGUUUCGUCUUCAGCUCCACAUUCACGCGAAUUCCUUUGAGAUGCCAUCCACCAACCGUUCACUUGUGUUUGGUGUUUAAGUGCGAAAUCUUCUAUCGUAGAGAUCGGUGAAUGACACAGAGGGAUUGGACUCCGUUGUUCAAAGUACCUUGGGAGGUGCGGUGGGCUUGGGCUGGCCGUUUCUCUUUCUUUCACCCCUAGGUGUAUC